AUGGAACACCUCCAGCGCUAUGAAGAGGAGCAGAUGAGCCAGCUCCGCUAUUGGUCACGUGCUCCCGCCAGAGCUGACGUGGCGCAUCCAGAUCCUCUCGCUGCUGACGUGGACGAUCUGUUGGAGAUUGCAGCGGCAAUAAGACAAGUGGAUUCGGAUAAGAGCCUUGCCAGCCAAGUCAGCGACACGGGGAGCCAGCGAUUGCAGCUGACUCAGCAGCACCAGCCAACGCAUGGAGGACACGUGGCAGCGGCAACAGCCUCGGAGGCGGCAAGGAGUGGGAUGGAUGAGGAGAGGAGUGCACGGAGCAGUGAGAGGGGAGGGGCCGUGGGGCAGGACAACUGGGGCGAGGGGGUGGUGGUGCAUGCUGGGAGCAUGGGAGGCGCGGUGGGAGCAGCAGCAGCGACAGCCGCUGCGACUGAAGCUGCAGCGGCGCUCAUUCGACCCCGUGGGCUGUACGCUGCCGGCCAAUCAGGGCGCAGCUUUGGGGCAGGCUUGGCUCAAGCUUUGCUGUACAGGACUAGGAGCGAGUGUGGACGUGUGGGGGAUGGGGGUAGGCGUGUGGGGAGUGAGGGCGCUGCUUCUCCUAGCCUCUCUGCCACGGGGUCAGCACACACUGCUGCCACGUCAGCAUGGGAAAGCUGUUCCGAUGGGUCAGUGGGGGCAUUAGAGAGUGCCCACGAGGCUCUGGGGCGGUGGGGGUCGGAGGGCGGGUAUGUGACGCGGAGGGAGAUGCAUGCAGUGCUGGCAGGCAUGGCUCAGCUGCAACACACUGUGGAUGGUGUGCUCCUGCACCUGCAGCAGCAGCAGCAGCAACAACAACAACAGCAGCAGCAAACGGGGCAGACACAGCAGCAGCAAUCUUCAGGGGCAGCAGCAGGCAGGAGCAGGGAUCCAGGCAACGAGCAGCAAAGUCCGCAAGGCCAUGAGUCAUUACGGAGUGGGUCUGCAGUGCAGCAGCAUGGUUCAUGGGCAGGAGAGCAGGGCGUGGGGGGCAAGGAAGCACCGCUGCUGCUGCCGCUGCCUGCGGUGCUGCUGCUGUCCGCCCUGGUGGCCCUUGUCCAUGCGCUUUGGUCCACCUGCAAGUGGGGCGUGGGGCUCGUGUGGCCGCUGUGCCUGCUGCUGCCGCUCAUGCACCGCUUGGAGCACCACUGCCGCCUGCACUGCCAGCUUUGGAUUGGAGCUGUGGAUGGCCCGAACCGGGAAUGA